AUGGGGAACGCGAGCGCCAGGGCGGUGGAGAACGGCCACGCGGCGGCGCCGAUGGAGCAGGUGGCCGUGGCCCCCGUCGGCGGGAGCUCCGCGGAGGCCGCGGCGCCGCCGGACGCCGUGAUGCGGGAGCUCCCUCCUCCGGUCCCCUACGUCUUCGCGCCGCAGGUUCCAGUAGCUCCGAUGCAGAUACCGAAUGAAUUUUCACCUGCUUUUAACCAUUCAUGGAUGAAUGGCUCGGAUGAAUCCACCAACAAUAACCCCCCGGAGGUUGAAAUUCCAACUUUGAUUACAUGGAGUCAAGGAGGAAACGAGGUGUUUGUGGAAGGAUCAUGGGAUAACUGGACAUCAAGGAAGGUGUUAGAGAGGUCUGGGAAAGAUCACGCCGUGUUGUUGGUUCUGCCAUCUGGAAUAUAUCAUUACAGGAUGAUUGUUGAUGGGGUGCCGAGAUAUGUGUCCGAACUACCUCAUGUGACUGAUGAAAGAGGGCAGGUGGCCAACCUCCUUGAUGUCCAUGAGUAUAUCCCAGAUAGUCUUGACAGCGUGGCGGAGUUCGACGCGCCCCCAUCGCCUGAGCACAGCUACAACAUGGAGUUCCCAACCGAUGAGGAGCUUACCAAGCAGGAUCCGCCCGCUCUUCCACCUCAGCUUCUCAUGACUGCCCUUGGUGGCAUCGAUCACUCCGACGAACUCGCUCCAAAGCCGAAGCCGCAGCAUGUCGUCCUCAACCAUCUGUUCAUCGAGAAAGGGUGGGGGGCGCAGUCUCUGCUCGCCCUCGGACUCACCCACCGGUUCCAGUCGAAGUACGUGAACUUCGUGCUCUACAAACUGCUGGUGAGGAGGUGA